AUGGCGUCCAACAGCCAAAGCGGCGGAGUGCCGCCACACAUGAGCCCUCCUUACCCCCCCAAAUACGCAGGCCUCGGCCUCACCCCAACCGUCGGCGUCGACAUCCCCAUCUCCGCCGUCAUCCUCUUCUUCUUCAUCUGCUCCGCCGCCCUCAACAUGACAAUCUUCCAGCGCAACCGCCGCCGCGGCCACAAGUUCGUCCUGUCGGGCCUCUUCUUCGGCUUCUCCAUGGCCCGCAUAUCGGCAAACGUCAUGCGCAUCGUCUGGGCGUGCUACCCGAAAAACGGGCGCAUCGGUCUCGCCGCGCAGAUUCUCGCAAACGCAGGUGUCCUGCUCGUCUUCGUCAUCAACAUCAUCCUCGUCUUGCGUGUCUUGAGGGCCUAUCAUCCUCGUCUUGGCUGGAGCGUUCCCGCCAAGAUCGUCUUUCGCUCGAUUUAUGUUUCGGUCGUGGCCUGUCUCAUCAUGCUCAUCGUUUCCAUCGUCUACAGCUCCUACACGCUCGACCAGUCCGCCAUCGACAAGACCCACGACGCCCAAGUCGUUGCACUGACAUACUUCGCCUUCCUGGCAUUCUUUCCCAUCCCCGUCAUCGCCCUCUGCUUCAUCAUCCCCCGCCGCCAGCGCAUCGAAAAGUUUGGUGCCGGAAGCAUGCGCUACAAGCUCUUCCUCAUGAUCUUCAGCGCGUGCCUACUCACUCUCGGCGCGGCGUUCCGUGCAGGAGUGUCGUAUUACCGCGUUCCAGUAACGCAGCCAAAGUGGUUCCAUCACAAGGCCUGCUUCUACUGCUUCAUCUACGUCAUCGAGCUCAUCGUCAUCUUCACAUACUCCCUGUCUCGAUUUGAUAAGCGCUUCCACAUUCCUGAUGGAAGCAGCUCUCCCGGACACUAUGUCAACGGCGUUCCAGGCUCAGAUGGGCGAGUAUUCGAUGAGGAGCUUCCGGCGAGCGCUUCUGCGCAGACCAUGCAUGAUUCCACCUGGGACACGCCGCUCGAAAACAAGCUCGAGGCUGGCAAAUGA